AUGGCGAGAUCGGGUAAUAGUAAUGAAGACCACAUAACAAGACUAGUAGAUAAUGAAUCGUAUAAUAUCUGGAAGUUCGAGAUAAAAAUAAUACUAAAAGCCAAAGGAUUAUUUGAAAUAAUAGCAAGCAAUAAUGAAUUGAAAAAAGAUGGCGACUGGGAAAGAAAAGAUGCUCAAGCUCAGGCUAUUAUAAUUACAUCUAUUGAUAAAAAACAUGUACAACACUUAUUAAAUUGUGAAAAUGCAAAAGAUAUGUUCGACAAUCUCUGUAGUUUAUAUGAUGGUUCAGAAGAACGUAAUAAAUGUCAAAUCUUACAAGAAUUCUUCAACUAUAAAUAUCGACCUAGUCAUAACAUUAAUGAAUAUCUGUCAGAAAUAGAAAAUCUCACUUUUAGACUAAAAAAAAACUUGGACAAAAAUUGGAUGACGAAGUUAUAA